AUUGGCUUCCUCCCUCCUUCUCUCCCGAGGCUUCAAGAGGGCGGACCUCCCUCCUCGGCUUCUCAGGCAUUGGCCGAGAGAACUGACCAAUGGGGAGCUCGGGGAGGCGGGCCUAAACGCUGCCGCCUGGAGGAAGCCCAGUACGUUUCAAGUUGGCGGCGGCCUGGGCUCCGCGUGGGGGAGGGGCAGCAGGUUUUCUUACUGGAUCUCUGAAUACCCAGGCCCCCUCCACUAUGGCCAGCCGGGGUGGGGGCCGAGGUCGUGGCCGGGGUCAGCUGACCUUCAACAUGGAGGCUGUGGGCAUUGGGAAAGGGGAUGCUUUGCCCCCACCCACUCUGCAGCCCUCUCCACUCUUCCCUCCCCUGGAGUUUCGCCCAGUACCUCUGCCCUCGGGAGAGGAAGGGGAGUAUGUCCUGGCACUGAAGCAGGAGCUACGAGGAGCCAUGAGGCAGCUCCCCUACUUCAUCCGGCCAGCUGUCCCCAAGAGAGAUGUGGAGCGGUAUUCAGACAAAUACCAGAUGUCAGGUCCGAUUGACAAUGCCAUUGACUGGAACCCCGAUUGGCGGCGUCUACCCCGGGAGCUAAAGAUCCGAGUGCGGAAGCUACAGAAGGAACGGAUUACGAUCCUGCUCCCGAAGAGGCCCCCUAAGACCUCAGAAGACAAGGAGGAGACAAUACAGAAACUAGAGACCCUGGAGAAGAAGGAAGAAGAAGUAACUUCAGAGGAAGAUGAGGAGAAGGAAGAAGAAGAAGAGAAGGAAGAGGAGGAAGAAGAAGAGUAUGAUGAGGAAGAACACGAAGAGGAAACUGAUUACAUCAUGUCAUAUUUUGACAAUGGAGAGGACUUUGGGGGUGACAGUGAUGACAAUAUGGACGAGGCUAUCUACUGAAGAAGGACUCGGACCCCCGUAUGUUUCUUGAAGAUGCAGAGAGUAGCUGUCCCCAUUAUUUGGUUUUUUGGACGAACAAAUCAUUUGGUCAGAGUUCACAUAAUCUGUCUGGUCCCUGGAGAUGGGAAUGGAGGAUGAUGACUGUUUAUUUUCUCUGCUUCCCCUCCUUCCACGUUUGUAUCACCUCUGAUAUCUUGGGGAAAGUGCAAAGGAAAAAUAUCUCAAUUGCAUGAAGGGAGAACGGAGAAUUGAAAGAAGAACUGGGGUUGUCAGAGCUGAGAUGGCUCUACCCCUACCCAAUUCGUAUAGCUCUUUGUGGAGAUCAUUAGGGGUGGGAGCAGUUUGAAGGAGUAAGACUGGUUUUAUAUUUUUAAAUAAAGUGUUUGUCUCU